AUGCAGUUAUCCAUACUCGCUGUCGCCACAAACCUCUUGGCCCUGUCCUCCGCGACCCCGGCAAAUCCGCUCUUCGCUGGGCACAAUGAGUGCGACUACACCGGUGUCGUAGGUGGUAUCAGAUAUACGGGCACGUGUACCAAAGCCGGCAACUAUGGAGCAGGUAAUUGCAACUUGCCAGACAACGGAGGUUCCUACGGCUGCGACUUUCAGUGGCACAAUAACGAGGCCAUGACACCGUGUGGCGAUAACGGCGAUGAUGCUACGCAGUCACAGUUUGCUUGUAAGAAUGACGGCGACGCGUGCUGGAUGUAUUCUUACGCUAGUAACUCUACUUACUUGGUCGUCCAUUGUACCAACCAAUGA